AUGUACCUCUCUAUCUCAACACAUCUCACUUUACUCAUGGGUCUGGGCACGCUGGCGACAGCCCAAGUGGCAGCUAGGUCCAUCAAAUGUGCUUGUGAUGGUAUCACCGAUCAUUCUCAGACUGCCUGUGUUCAGACAGGUGGAAGCUUCAAUGCUGCUGGCUGUGGCUUUGCGGGAUGCUGUGUUUAUGCCAACAACGAACAAACUAGGUUCAUUGAGACCUGUAGGACGCUUGGAUACGGCUUUAGGCGCUGUGAUGAUUGCCGGUCUUGUUGA